AAUGAAAUCAACAUUUUUCAUGUAUUUUAUCAACUGAAUUCGUGUACUGCCGUGAAAAGAUAAUAGGCUUGUUUAUCGUAAGAAUUAAAAUAAUAAAUUCGAAUCCAUUUGCUAAAUUUCCGUUACCUGGUUGAAGUCGCACAAAAGUUUUUAUCUAGUUAUCUUCCCUUUUAUACGCAAUAGGUACUUGAUUGUCUCAGAUAUGGAAAUCGCCAAAUACUCGAUGAAUUUCCACGAUAGUGGAAAUCAUGGUUUGUGCUGCUUCGACUGAAGCUAUUCCCAAUUAUUGUUCAAAUCGACCAGAAAAUCAAAAGGCUAGAUCGAUGUAACAAAUGUCUUUAACGAGGUCCAAUGGGGAGCUAAGGGUACAAAUCGACGCGUCUGUUCUUGGAUUGGAAGAAGCAGAUGAUCCUACAAAGAACGACCACAAUCCAGGAAUAACAAACUUCGAUAAUGUCUCACCAGCUCCUCCACCAAUUCCACAAGAAUCCCAGACAGCUGCACCUUGUCAACAAGGCAACCAACAAUCACCAAGUGUGACGUGCUCAAUAAACUUGCCACCGGAUCCUCCACCAUAUUCUGACUUGCCGAUUUACACCAUACCUCUCUCAAGUCCUAUAUACGACCCUCCACCACCUUAUGAUCCGACCAUGAGACGCGAAACCUUUGACCCUUCGGAUUUCCCCUAUCAGAGCUACCAACCUAGUCGAACUUCGAGAUUCGAGUGUAAGCCUGAUACUUUGGUCCCUCUGGGUUUUUGUUAUUGUACUCUAGAACAACUGAUUGUUACAAUGGCAAUUUUAGGAACAUUUGUAUUCUUAGGUUUGGGACAGUUCUCUUGAGAAAGUGAUAUAUGUUAUCCACUUUUGAGAUAAGUAUCUUCUCGAUGUAUUUAUUACGUUGGAAUGUAGACUGAUAUAGAUGAUUGUAAAUAUAUUUGUGCACGAAGAGAUUGUAUCUGUAUAGUCUAUUAACAAUAAAGUUUAUGAUUUUUAAAACCUA